GUUUCCUAAAGCGUGUCAAUGUCCGUGCUAUUGAAAUUGAAUUUGAUUCAAUUAGGUGGUUAAGUUGCGAAACGGUCUUUUUGUACACAGAAAUGCAAUUGGAAAAACCUCAAAUUAUCUUGAAAAAAAAAAUAAAUCGUAUACAAACAAUAAUAUUUAAAAAAUAAUAAUUAAAAAACACAUUUAUGAAAUAAAUACACAAUUUAAAUCAAUAGAUUAUCAUUUUAUGCAAAGGUGUAAGUACCUAUUGGUAUUUUUUUUUUGAACACCCUAUAGAAGUACAUAGAUAGUUGCAUUUUGUCAUUAAAUAGUACCGUCUAUUUGCAAACGGCAAGAAGUGCAAAUAUUCAGUUUGAAAUGCGCCCAAAAUGCCGAAGGUCCGGUUUUAUGCAAUUUUACUUUUGUGUUCCUCUAGUGUGAUUCAGUGCAAGUUUCAAGAUAACAUUUGCAUAAGUCCGUUAGACAACAAAUUCAAAAAUAGUACGCUAGUAAAAGUACCUCUACAGCCAAUUAAAUUAAUUGGUAAAACUAUUUUUGAUUUAUGGAGAAGCUUUCCUGUUGAUAUUUUUUCAAAUGUAACAACUAUUUCUCAAAAAUGCCAAAAAGCUUAUCAGAUGCACCUUGAGGGUGCCCAAAAGAAUGAUUUGAAUUCAUUAAAAAUUUUUGAUGCUACUGCAAAACCUGGUUCAGGUUUGCUCAGUGGCAAUAUCAAUCAAUACGGACACUUUGACGAAUGUAUGGAAGUGCCUGAUGCCCAGUACUGUUUGGCUUUGUUAGAUUUCAACCCUAUUUGGACUGAACCUUUGUCCAAAUAUAAAAAUUUGGUUCACGCUCAUUUCAAUAUCAAGGAAACAUUUGCAGAUCCGGCUCAUAGAGUACCAGGCUCGACGUUUGUCAGAUGGGGCUUUUGCUUGCCGGAAAUUUGUACAGAGGCAGACCUCAUAAAUGCUUUAGAUUUCAAAUUAGGCAUUAGGGCUAAAGUAAAACCCAAUAUGUGUCAACCAACAAAAUUGUCCAACAAAAUAUUGUCUUUUGGAGAUUAUCUGGCAAGAGCCUAUUUCGUUUUUAUCGCACUUAUGGUUGCAGUUUCAACUUUGAACUAUGGAAAAUAUAAAAAUGAUACUCUUUGGAAAAAUUUUGUGUCAUGUUUCGCCAUUCAAAAAACUUAUAAAAAGCUGACAACACUGACAAAAAAUAAAAACGAAUAUGAAUCUUUGCAUGGAGUUAGAUGCCUAUCGGCAAUUUCCCUAUUAAUGGCCCAUAAAACUAUGGCAUCCUUGUUCAAUCCUUAUAUUAACAAAACUUGGAUGGCAGAGACUCAAGCAAUGAAAUGGUCCAUUCUUGGAAGAAACGCCAUUAUUUAUACAGAUUGUUUUUUGCUUAUAAGUGGCCUCCUGAAUGCCAAUGCUAUUUUGGCCGACUUGGAAAAAUUUGGAACAAUUAAUUUUAGGGAAAAAGUUAUAAACAGACUAUUCAGGAUACUUCCUGGAUUAUUUACUGUCAUCCUUUUUUGCACCUACAUUUUACCAUCUCUAGGAUCAGGACCCCAAUGGCCCAUAGUCAUAGAUCAUCAUUCGCAUCUAUGCAAAGCGAAUAUGUGGAGGAAUUUCCUAUUUAUCCAUAAUUAUUUUGGUUUUGAAAACAUGUGCUUGACUCACACUCACCAACUAGGAAUUGAUAUGCAACUAUUUUUAAUUACACCUAUUUAUGUGUAUUUUUUAUGGAAAAGGAAAAUUUUAGGUUUUUGUUUGAUUAUUAUAACAUCUCUAGUGUCGAUGUGCUUGAGAUUUUAUAAAACAUUUUAUUAUAAUUUAAGCCAUGUAGUUCAUUUUGGAAUACCAAUAUCCAGAAUGUUUGAUACAGCUGAUCACUCGUACAUUUUACCAAGCCACAGAGCAACUAUUUAUCUUAUAGGGGUUGUAUUAGCUUGGCUAUUGAGAAAUUCAAAAAAUAAUUCUUCACUUUCAAAGUCACAAAUUUUACUAAUCUGGUCCAUUAUCUAUAUCGUCGGUUUAACUACAUGGUUUGCACCUGUUUCCAUGUCCCUCAUAGGAUAUGAAUAUAAUAAUCUUCAAGCUGCAAUUUAUGGUGCAAUUUAUCCUUUCACUUGGGGCAUUGCUGUUGCUUGGGUCAUUUAUGCUGUCGAAAAUGGAUUUGGAAGUUGGUUUAGUUCAAUUUUACGUUGGCAAUAUUUUCAAAUAUUUACGAAAAUUGCUUAUAGUAUGUAUUUGGUGCAAUUUCCAGUAUUUUUCUUUAAUGUUGGUGUGAACAGGCAUGUUGGAGAAUUUAAAAAUUAUAUGAUGUUGCCUCCUGUUGAAACUGCUAUUAUAUUUUUACUGGCAACAAUUCUAACGCUUUUCAUAGAGAUGCCAUUUCAGGAUUUUCAUAAAACACUUAUUAGUAAAUAUAGUUGAAUUUAUUUGAAAUUAUAUAUUAUUGUUUUAUUCAAAUCCUCUGGUCUCAAUUUUGUGAUCACUAAUCACUGUAAUCCUUCCUUGUUCCUCUUCGAAAAUCGGCGAUCUGUUUUUGAGAUAUUCUCUAAAAAUAUCAGUGUCGGUUUGUCCAAUUAUAAGAUUUUUCAAAUUAUCUGUUAGAGCUGUAAAGUCAUCACC